GCGCGGACUCACCUUCAUCAUUUUACCCAGCCACCACCUGUGUGCCUGACUGCCUGUACGUGAGGCCAGUGAGAGCGGUUCACCCACUCCUGUCCGUUCACUACCACUACUCCCGUAGUCGAAGCUUUCCAUGGCUCUGGUCCCAUUCUCGUUGCUGCUCUUCCUAGUCUCGCUGUCGGUGUGGGUGGCCUUACCCUUACCGUUGCCGGUGGCAGCAGCACAUGGCGGGCCAGGAGAGCACUGCUCGCCGUUUCUAUGCGGUAACGUGAGCAUCUCCUUUCCAUUUGGGAUUAUCCAGAAGGACGCCGAGCAGACCAACUGCGGCGCCGGGAUUGGCUUCCAGGUUCGUUGCCAUAACACCAUCCCGCACCUGGGAUACUAUCAGAACGAGAUCACCUUGCGGAUCCUCAGCAUCUUUUACCACAACCGCUCCUUGCUCAUCGCCGAUCGACCAAGGUGGCCUACAUAUUUCAAUACGACUACCAGCACCGAAGGGUGCCGCAUCCCGACGGCCAACACCUCGUCCCGGCUUGUCCCUCCGCUCUCGGUCAGCUCCGACAACCAGAACCUCAUCUUCUACAGCUGCACCAAGCCACCGUCGCCAGGCGAGGGACUCGUGGCCACGGUAUGCCACAACAACACGUUUGUUCGUGCCGCCGAUGGGCGGCGUUCCGACGAGUCAGGCGGCUACGUUUUGCAAGGUUGCACCGCUACCAGGGUGCCUGUGCUUGGAGUGUCUGGCAAGGUGAACGCUAGCAACUACGACCAACUCGUCUGGGAUGGCUUCCUCGCGACAUGGCAGUUGCCGCCGACGCCGUCAGGGCUGGUUUGGUGACGAAGGAAUUGAGGACGUUCUCCAAUUCUAUCACCCAACCCGGCUGAUUCUAUGAUUUACAAUUCUACAAUUGGUCUAAAUACUGUGCGGUUCGUGUCUUCUUCCUUUCCGGCGGCCGGCGGGUGCAGAAAGUGGCAUACGGCUGUGGUCACAAAGUGGCAUACAAUUAGCGCUUUGAUUUUAUUUCUGGUCAAAGUAGAAUGCACCUUUCCUACGGACAAGAGUCCCACAAGUCACAAAGUAGGUUUACUCAUUACAAUUACAAGUUUACAACUAGGCGGUUGAUUAUAUCAAACACAGUUUCCAGGUUGUAUUGCUCAAAGCAGUUCUUAGACUGAAUCUAGGAAAGACUCUAGCAAACAUUUUUUUUACCGAGAAAUUAAAGUAUUUUAUGCUAGUUCUAUGGAGUGAUUUUCGGAAAUAAUAGAAGCUGGAAGCUGACAAAGGUAA